GCGGCAGCGGGAGCUGUGAAUGAGUUCUCCGGCCGGACGACGGAAGAAGAAAGGCUCCGGCGGCCCCAGCAGCCCGGUGCCGGCCAGGCCUCCGCCCCCCGCGCCGGCGCCCGCCCCUCCCGCCGCGGGGCCGUCCCCUCGGGCCGGGUCGCCGCCGCCUCCGCCUCCGCCUAAGCGGAGCCCGUCCUCCUCCUCUUCCGCCUCUCCCUGCUCGCGGUCCCCGCUGCGGCUCGGCUUCGCCCUGCUGCGCCUGGCCGCCCUCCACCUGGGGCUCCUCUUCGUGUGGCUCUGCCAGCGCCUCUCCCGCGCCCUCAUGGCCGCCAAGAGGAGCUCCGGGCCCCCGCCGGCGCCCGCCUCGCCCUCGGCGCCGGGGCCCGUGCCGGCCGGCGAGGCGGACAGCGUGCGCGCCUUCCACAAGCAGGCCUUCGAGUACAUCUCGGUGGCCCUGCGCAUCGACGAGGACGACAAAGCAGGACAGAAGGAGCAAGCUGUGGAAUGGUAUAAGAAAGGUAUUGAAGAGCUGGAAAAAGGAAUUGCGGUUAUAGUCACAGGACAAGGUGAACAGUAUGAAAGAGCUAGACGCCUCCAAGCCAAAAUGAUGACCAAUCUGGUUAUGGCCAAGGAUCGUUUACAACUUCUAGAGAAGCUGCAACCAGUUUUACAAUUUUCCAAGCCACAAACGGACAUCUAUAAUGACAGCACUAACUUGACCUGCCGGAAUGGACAUCUUCAGUCAGAAAGUGGAGCAGUUCCAAAAAGAAAAGAUCCCUUAACGCAUGCUAGUAAUUCACUGCCUCGCUCAAAAGCAGUUACAAAAAGUGGAUCUGCAGGUCUUUCCGGUCACCACAGAGCACCUAGUUGCAGUGGUCUAUCCAUGGUUUCUGGAGCAAGACAGACACCUGGCCUGGCAGCAAGCACUCAUAAGGGUACUUCAAAAACAAAUAGAACAAAUAAACCCUCUACCCCUACACCUGCUGCUCGAAAGAAGAAAGACUUGAAAAAUUUUAGGAACGUGGACAGCAAUCUUGCUAACCUUAUAAUGAAUGAAAUUGUAGACAAUGGAACAGCUGUUAAAUUUGAUGAUAUAGCUGGACAAGAAUUGGCAAAACAAGCAUUGCAAGAAAUUGUUAUUCUUCCUUCUCUAAGGCCUGAGUUGUUCACAGGGCUUAGAGCUCCUGCCAGAGGAUUGUUACUCUUUGGUCCCCCUGGAAAUGGAAAAACAAUGCUGGCCAAAGCAGUAGCUGCAGAAUCAAAUGCAACUUUUUUUAAUAUAAGUGCUGCAAGCUUAACUUCAAAAUAUGUGGGAGAAGGAGAGAAAUUGGUAAGAGCUCUUUUUGCUGUGGCUCGAGAACUUCAACCUUCCAUAAUUUUUAUAGAUGAAGUUGAUAGUCUUUUGUGUGAAAGAAGAGAAGGGGAGCAUGAUGCUAGUAGACGCUUAAAAACUGAAUUUCUAAUAGAAUUUGAUGGUGUACAAUCUGCUGGAGAUGACAGAGUACUUGUGAUGGGCGCAACUAACAGGCCACAAGAGCUGGACGAGGCUGUCCUCAGGCGUUUCAUUAAACGGGUAUAUGUCUCUUUACCCAAUGAGGAGACAAGACUCCUUUUACUUAAAAAUCUGUUAUGUAAACAAGGAAGCCCAUUGACACAAAAAGAACUUGCACAGCUUGCUAGAAUGACCGAUGGAUACUCAGGAAGUGAUCUAACAGCUUUGGCAAAAGAUGCAGCACUGGGUCCUAUCCGAGAACUAAAACCAGAACAGGUGAAGAACAUGUCUGCCAGUGAGAUGAGAAAUAUUCGAUUGUCUGACUUCACUGAAUCCUUGAAAAAGAUAAAACGCAGUGUGAGUCCUCAAACCUUAGAAGCAUACAUACGCUGGAACAAGGACUUUGGAGACACCACUGUAUGAAGUUAGCAGAACGUUUUGCUGAACAAAAAAAUUAAAAAUUUAAAAUUUAAAACAUGAUCUUCAGAAACUCAACCUAAGUUUACAGGACUUUUUAGAGUUUUACAUUUUUUGUGCACCAAACUUGAAGAUGAACAAGAAGACAGACAAAUAAAACAUGAAAUGUGAAUAGAAUUGUUAAGGCCUUUUUGCCUUGAUGGUCAUGGUUCUCGUAGUGGGCACUGUAAGUUAGCACAACGAAAACUGGUUCUGGUCUGUUUACUGAUAGACUGUAAAUGAUAAUAUGUAUACUGUAUUGGAGAUGAGACUGCUCCAGAAACAGUGAAUAGUAGAUGACACAAACGAGCCUUUUGUUGUGUGUCUUGUAGUUUUUUUUCUUACAGUAAUUUUUCUUUUCCUAUUGUUGUCUUAUGACUUGUGAUUGGAAUACUACUUCUUUCUUUUUCUGUUUUCUCUUUUUUCCAAACCUAGCGUGCCAAAUGAAAUUUUUUCCUAACAGCAAUAGGAAAAAGCUAUUUUGAGGCUUUCUGUUUUUCAGAUACAGACUCUUCACUCUUUACUUUUCUGUUGUCUUACCUUGCUACUGAACAAUUUAGAAAGCAAUAUAAUAGCAACAUAAGUGUGGUCAGAGAGAGCUUGAAUAUUUGAGUUACUCUGUCAUAUAACGUGUAUAUCCGUCCUCAUGUGACCUGAAGUAUUUUUUUCCAAUAUGUCAAAAAUCAAUCGUAGACUGUUAACUUGUUCCAAAUGGAAUUUUUUUUUCUUUUUCUGUUAGUUACUGUAAUAUUUGAAAGAGCCAGUUAUAACUGCUAUAAAUGGAGCCCUAGUGUGGAAAAAGAGAAAUGCUAGGAGAUGUUUCUAAUUUAUUCCUUUUUACUUUCUUACUGUUUACAGGGGAAAUACAGCCAGUGGCACUACCAUCUUUUAUUAGUAAUCAUGAUCCCUUCAGUGAAACUUAAAAUACCAAAUUUUUAUAUACUGCAUAAAUUUUAUAGGUUUCUCGUGCUCACUUUAUUAACAAAAAAGCACUAGUCUGUUGAUGUACCUUUGCUUUCCAUAAAAUGUACAGUAAUUUUGUUUGUUGUUUGUAUAAAUAUGCCUGGACUUUUAUUAUAAAAGUGCAUUGUAGGAAGUAGAGGCUAAUAUUACAGCCUUUUAAAUAUUGUAAUAAAGGCAAAUUGGUAUUUGCCCCUCAUCCACUGGUUAAAAGUUUGUUUACAGAAGUUUUCUUUGGUGCUUAAAUGAUGCUACAUAAAAUGUCCUAGAUAGAAAGAAUAAUUUUGUGGUAGUGACACAGACUUUUCAUUUAGGAAAGUUGUUUGGAAGAAUAUACUAAAAAAAAAAACAACUUGCCUUCCCCCAGGUAAGAACUUUAUAAU